AUGCAAGUAAUUGUUGUUGAUAAAGUUAUGGAGUCAUUCCAAUUAAUUACUGAAAAUAAGCAAAACCAAUUUAUCAACAGCAAAAGUCUAACUUUCAAAAGAGAUACAGUUUUAUCUAUUCAAAAUAAAACUGAUAAAUUAGAGAUUACAAACAAAGAAUGUUAUAAACCAAAACAACAAAACAUUAAAUCACAACAAAUAACUGAAAAAUCAGUUAGUAAAAUAAACAAAUUAUUCUAUAUUCAAAAGGUUAAUAGAAUCAAAGAUUGGAUAUUAUCUAAACACCCCUCAGCCUUAUAUCCAGAACCAUAUUUAUUAAAAUAA